AAAAGACAACAGACGUGCAGAGACUGCUGAAUUGGCUUCUGCUGAAUCAGUAAGGUCGUCACUGUCACAAAUUCCUUAGUAUAUUGUCUCCUAGUGGUUCUGCGUCUCUAAUGGAACCUGACUCAUAUGGCCAGUAAUCCCAAUGUCUUAUUUUUCCUGUUGUUUCAGGCAAAUUUGGAGCCCAAAGUGACUGACACCAUGUGGGGAGGAAAUCAUUCGGUGGUGUCUGAGAUUGUGUUGGUGGGACUCACCAGUUCUUUGGAGAUGCAACUUGUCCUCUUCCUAGUUUUCUCUGUGUUCUAUGUAACAGGUGUUUUAGGAAACCUCCUCAUUGUGCUCACAGUGAUCUCUGACUCCCAUUUACACUUCCCCAUGUUCCUGCUAGCCAACCUCUCCUUUAUUGACAUGUGGGUUUCCUCCGUUACAGCUCCCAAGAUGAUUUCUGAUCUUUUCAAGGAGAGAAAAGUAAUCUCCUUCCAAGGCUGCAUUGUUCAGAUGUUCUUCAUUCAUGUUACUGGAGGCACUGAGAUGGUUCUGCUCAUCGCCAUGGCCCUUGACCGUUAUGUGGCUAUAUGUAGGCCUCUCUGCUACCUGACUAUCAUGAGCUUCAGAACUUGUAUUUUACUCUUGCUUGCUGCCUGGACCAUUGGAAUCAUCCAUUCACUGAUCCAACAUGUAUUUGUUGUAAGCCUACCGUUCUGUGGCCCCAAUGAAGUGGACAGCUUUUAUUGCGAUCUUCCCCGAUUUAUCAGGCUUGCUUGCACAGAUACUUACAGAUUGGAGCUCAUGGUCACUGCCAAUAGUGGCUUCAUCUCCCUGGGAACUUUCUUCAUUUUGAUUAUCUCCUAUGUCUUCAUCUUGGUCACUGUUUGGCAACGUUUUUCAGGUGGCUUGUCCAAGGCCCUCUCUACGCUGUCAGCUCACAUCACAGUGGUAGUCUUAUUUUUUGGUCCGUGUAUUUUUGUGUAUUCAUGGCCAUUUUCUACAGUGCCAGUGGAUAAAUUCCUUGCUAUUUUUGACAUAAUUAUCACCCCAUUUCUGAACCCUGCCAUCUACACUUUUAGGAACAAAGAAAUGAAGGUGGCAGUGAGGAGGAUACUCAGUCAGGUGUUGAGUUUCAGGAAGCUGUUUUGAGUGCUUUUGAUUUCAAUAAAGACAAGCAACUCUAACAUUCCCUGCCCAUGCCACAGAUGUGAAUCCAAUGAAACACAGCACCAUGAUGCUUUACUUACUAGUUUAAUUACCAAUGUCCAGAAUUUUCUUAAUGUGUUUUCUGCCUACAACCAAGAAGGAUAUGGUAUUCUUCUUUCUUGUGCAAUGUGAUGGAAUAAAAAGUAUUAAUAUAGGACUAUUUCCACAUUUUCUUGUCCCUCCUUGAUAAAGAGGAAUCUGGACUGGCCUCUUUUAUUUCUUUUCCUACUCU